AGAGCCCAAGAUGGCGCCGCCCGUACCCGCGCUGACGCCGGAGCAGAAGAAGGAGCUGGCGGGGAUCGCCCAGCGGAUCGUGGCCCCCGGCAAAGGCAUCCUGGCGGCGGAUGAGUCCACCGGCAGCAUCGCCAAGCGCCUGAGCUCGGUAGGGGCGGAGAACACGGAGGAGAACCGGCGCUGGUACCGGCAGCUGCUCUUCACGGCCGACAGCCGCGUGGACCCCUGCAUCGGGGGCGUCAUCCUCUUCCAUGAGACCCUCUACCAGAAGGCCGACGAUGGGCGCCCCUUCCCCGAGGUCAUCCGGGCCAAGGGGGCGCUCGUGGGCAUCAAGGUGGACAAGGGCGUCGUGCCCCUGGCUGGCACCAAUGGGGAGACCACGACCCAAGGCCUGGACGGGCUCAUGGAGCGCUGUGCCCAGUACAAGAAGGACGGGGCUGACUUUGCCAAGUGGCGCUGCGUGCUCAAGAUCUCCGAGGGGACCCCGACCCCAUUGGCCAUCAUGGAGAACGCCAACGUCCUGGCCCGCUACGCCAGCAUCUGCCAGCAGAACGGCAUCGUCCCCAUUGUGGAGCCCGAGAUCCUGCCAGAUGGGAACCACGACCUCAAGCACUGCCAAUACGUCACUGAGAAGGUCCUGGCCGCAGUGUACAAGGCCCUGAGCGACCACCACGUGUACCUGGAGGGGACCCUGCUCAAGCCCAAUAUGGUGACCCCGGGCCAUGCCUGCCCCACCAAGUACAGCCCCGAGGAGAUCGCCAUGGCAACCGUCACCGCGCUGCGCCGCACCGUGCCCCCCGCCGUGCCCGGGAUCACGUUCCUAUCGGGGGGCCAGAGCGAGGAGGAGGCCUCCCUCAACCUCAACGCCAUCAACCGCUGCUCCCUGGCCAGGCCUUGGGCCCUCACCUUCUCCUAUGGGCGGGCCCUGCAGGCCUCGGCCCUCAAGGCCUGGGCGGGCAAGAAGGACAACACCAAGAAGGCCCAGGAGGAGUACGUCAAGAGGGCCCUGGCUAACUCCCAGGCCUGCCGCGGCCUCUACACCCCCUCGGGCCCCGCGGGCGCCGCCGCCAGCGAAUCCCUCUUCAUCUCCAACCACGCCUACUGAGCCAUGACGUCAGCACGCCGGGACACGCCCCCUCCGCGUAGCCACGCCCCCUCCC